UGCCGAACCGGACCAAUCCCGUUGGUGGAGGAAACUCGGCUGAUUCUCAGCUCAUGCAGGCUAGGAAAAGAGAGUGGUGGUCGGCAGCUGCAACUCUGUGGGUGUAGGCCACGGACAAGCGGAGGCAGGCUGAGAGAGCGCCUACAGACAGACGGGAAGAAGAAAAGUUGAGUGUAAACAAGACCAUAUUUUGAGCCAUAAUGGAACAAGCAGUUGGAGAGCCAGUGAGAGAACAGGUCACGCGGACCCAUGUGAUAGAGGACAUUCCCAAGGUUAAUAACUGCACAGUGAUUGGAGGCUCUGGAUUCCUGGGGCAGCACAUGGUGGAGCAGUUGCUUGCAAGGGGCUACACCGUCAACGUAUUCGAUAUCCGGCAAGGUUUUGAUAAUCCCCGGGUGCAGUUCUUUCUGGGUGACCUCUGCAACCAAGAGGACCUGUACCCAGCUCUGAAAGGUGUAAACACAGUUUUCCACUGUGCAUCACCCCCACCAUCCAGUAACAACAAGGAGCUCUUUUAUAGAGUGAAUUUCAUUGGCACCAAGAAUGUCAUUGAAACUUGCAAAAAGGCUGGAGUUCAGAAACUCAUUUUGACCAGCAGUGCCAGUGUCAUCUUUGAGGGCAGUGACAUCAAAAAUGGAACCGAAGACCUUCCUUAUGCCAUGAAACCCAUAGACUACUACACAGAGACUAAGAUCCUACAAGAGAGAGCAGUUCUGGACGCCAAUGAUCCUGAGAGAAAUUUCUUAACCACAGCUAUCCGUCCUCAUGGCAUUUUUGGCCCAGGAGAUCCCCAGUUGGUCCCCAUCCUCAUUGAGGCAGCCAAGAAGGGCAAGAUGAAGUUCAUGAUUGGAAACGGGAAGAACUUGGUAGAUUUCACCUUCGUGGAGAAUGUAGUCCAUGGACACAUCCUGGCUGCAGAGCACCUCUCCCAGGAUGCAGCACUGGGUGGGAAGGCAUUUCACAUCACCAACGAUGAACCCAUCCCUUUCUGGACGUUCCUGUCCCGCAUCCUGACAGGCCUUAAUUAUGAGGCCCCCAAAUACCACAUCCCCUACUGGGUAGCCUACUACCUGGCCCUUCUGGUGUCCCUGCUGGUAAUGGUGGUCAGUCCCAUCAUCCAGCUCCAGCCCACUUUCACACCAAUGCGGGUUGCACUGGCUGGCACCUUCCACUACUACAGCUGUGAAAAAGCCAAAAAGGUCAUGGGGUACCAGCCACUGGUCACCAUGGAUGACGCCGUGGAGAGGACCGUACAGAGCUUUCACCACCUGCGGAAGGUCAAGUGAGGCACCCUGGAGACUGGGCCAUCUCAGUGUGUGCUCUGGCCACUAACCUUUUCCCCUGUGCACUGAUGAACUAAUAGCCUUCAAAUGAGUUCCUUCUGAGCUUAAGACUUCUUGCUAGUUAAAUGAGACCAUGCCCUGCUCCCUCUGUGCCUGUGAGGGUGACAAGAACAGCAGACAUUCCUCUUUUCACAGCAUUGGAUUUGAAUUUCUUAAAACAGGCAGCUUCAUAUUGUACUGUUUUGUUCUCCCUCUAUAUCUCUGUAUCUCUCUACUCACAAUCCCUCUCCCCACCCAAGGUUCUUUAUCACAAGGACCACCCUGAAAUCAUCCAUUUCAUUCUAGUAUUCUAGUACGUAAUCAAGGUACCUGUAAGAAACAAUCCAUUUGCUGAUUGAGAAUGGGAGACCAGAAUAUUUAUCAUGCAAACCAGUACUAGAGUGGAAGCCACUAGAGUCUGUUCAAGGAACCAUGGCUUUGACAAUAUCCUAGAAGAAAAGCAGAAGUUGUAAAUGAGACUUCAGAUGUACAUUUCAUAUCAACACAGUUUGGAGCAAAAAAAAAAAAAAAAAAAACACGAGGGCAUAAAUUACUAUGAUCCCUGCCAUUCUGGAAGGCACAGCUGGUUUUUUACUUCCUUCCAGGUUGUCUCUCAGGGACUCUACCAGUGCCCACCUGCAAUGUUGUUUCAUAAAACAUUUCCUUUUAUCAGCAGAGUCUUGUCAUUUAUAGUGACAGUGGUGUUCUGGCUCAAUGACAUGCCAUAUUAGCCAUUUAGCUCUUAUCUAACAUGGGACAUCAGGCUGGUUGAUGGUAAACCAAAGAAAAGGGAGCCUCCUUAAUCUUCUUUGAGUUUGGGCAGAAAAUCAUGAGAUGAUGCAGAGAGAUCCCUGCACAUCACACUCAUAAAAUCCAUCAAGCAACUUCAAAAGGGCAUAGCAGAUAUAAUAAUCUAGGCUUUUCUAUCUUUUGAUGAUUAUCUGUUUGUAGAAUAUAGUUUCUUCUCCACCUAAUUGAAAUGUAAUUUCAAGUUUUUUUUCCUUUGUUGAAGAGCAGGGGGUACGUGGGAAACUACAAUAAAGUGAAAGUGUGCAA